AUGUAUAUAUUCAUAGAAUUGAAUACUUUUCAUAAUAACGAUAAGGUUAAUAAUAAUAAUAAUAAUAGUAAUAAUGGUAAUAGUAAUAGUAAUAAUGGUAAUAGUAAUAAUAGUACUAAUAAUAGUAAUGGUAAUACUAAUAAUAGUAAUAAUGGUAAUAGUAAUAGUAAUAAUAGUAAUAGUAAUAAUAGUACUAAUAAUAGUAAUAGUAAUAAUGGUAAUAGUAAUAAUAAUAAUACUAAUGUAAUUCAUUAUAAAUUCAAAGCUUAA